UCAGAACGUAAUUAAAUGUAAUAGUGUCAUUAGAUUACCUAAACUUGUACUAACCAAAAGUCUGGGUCGUAUUUGCCACUAUUCGGUAGAUGGAUGCAGAUAACCUAAACCUUCUGCCCACUGUGCUGAUAUGGUUAGUUCAUUUCAAGUUUUGCUUGUCUGACGAAAUUGGAGAGAAUUCAACCGUGGAUUAUAGCUCGAUCCCCAGUGUGGAUUAUGAUGACUUUCCUACAUUGUGCGUGAAAAACCAUUCCUUCCGUCUCUGGUUUAUUUCUAUCUUCUACUCCAUCAUCUGCAUUCUGGGACUGGCAGGAAACCUACUUGUCAUCCUCACCUUCUUCUACUUCAAGCGCCUCAAGACCAUGACGGAUGUGUACCUGCUCAACUUGUCCUUUGCGGACCUUCUCUUUUCUCUGUCACUCCCCUUUUGGGCAGCCAACUCGGUGGUGAAGUGGGUGCUGGGCUUGCCGCUGUGCAAAGUCAUACACGCAAUUUACAAGGUCAGCUUAUACAGCAGCAUGUUCCUUCUCUCCUUCAUCAGCGUGGACCGCUACUUUGUCAUCGCCAAAGCCAUCUCUGCUCACCGUCACCGCUCUCAAGCAGUCUUUAUCAGCAAAGUGUCAUCAGCUAUCACCUGGGUCCUGGCACUGGUCUUCUCCAUGCCAGAGAUAAUCUACACCAAUAUCAACAACAACACCUGCACUCCUUUUUCCAGCACUGUCGACAAGUUCCGCAUCAGCAUCCAGGCCAGUCAGAUUGCUGUGGCUUUUGUCCUCCCGUUACUGGUCAUGACGUUCUGUUACUGCAGCAUUGUUCGCACCCUUUGCCAAGCUCGUAGCUUUGAACGGAACAAGGCCAUCAAGGUGAUUCUUGCUGUGGUCAUUGUGUUUCUCGUCUGCCAGCUCCCUUAUAACGUGGUCCUGUUUUGGGCCACAGUUUUCACAGCAAACGGAGGAACAGAAGACUGCAAAUAUCACAACAGUCUCAUCUAUGCUACCGAUGUCACCCAGGUCGUGGCCUUCAUGAGGUGCUGCCUGAAUCCCUUUGUCUAUGCCUUCAUUGGUGUGAAGUUUCGUCAUGACCUGCUGAAGCUAAUGAAGCGCUUUGGUUGCAUGAGCCAGGAGAUGUUCUUCAAAUAUGCAUAUGGCAAUAGGAGGAGGAGCUCGGCAGCCACCGAAACCGAGUCCACCACCACGUUCUCUCCUUAAAGCGGUUUCUGUAUGGAUGGCCUGUGUGGUUCUCACAUGCAGACCACACAGUGGUCAUUCAAAACUAUAUAUCCGAUAUGUACAUAGCAAGAGUUAUAUGAAUGAAAUGGUUGUUUUUUGCAGUAGUUUUUUUUUUCUUUUUUGCCAUCUUUGUUUCUGUGUCUUUGUUUUCUUUGAUUAGUUCAAAUCAACCAAAGCUUUGGUUAUUUUGAUGCAUUUGCAAUGUAAUCCUAAUAAUAACAUAACUACAGUGCUUCCACCCAGAUAUUGAAGUGUGCAUUAAAGUAACUAAACAAAG